AUGAGUAAUAUGUCAUUUUUGAUUGUGGAUAUAUGCAUUUUGUUACUUCAAAUCGCCACGUUUACAUUCAAUGGAUUUAUUCUCUUCAUGUUCCUCAGGGCGAAGAAACUAUGGAAGAACCCGUCUUUUCGACUUAUGCUUUUCCUCGCAUGCACGGAUUUUCUUCAUGCACUAACAACUCUUCCGUACAUCACAUAUUUAACGAGAAACUGGAACCCUUUAUUUAUAGACCUAGACCCAUACUAUGUUAUGAUUUCCAGUAUACCCCUAACCAUUCAGUUGAAAAUCUAUUUGACAUUGACUAUAUCUAUAGCGUUUGAGCGGACUUUGGCUCUUUUUUUCCCUAUGACCUACAGAACGCUGCCAUCUUCUAAAUAUGCUUUAUGCUCUCUGCUAAUUGGCUGCCUGCUGGCCGUAAUAGAUCUUAUCUUGGAAUUCCUCCUCUCGCCUUUCCAAAAGUCACCAAAUUGUGCCGCGAUUGGAUGUUUCAUCAGUGCGAAGUUUCGCUAUUACUGGGGAACAAGUAACAUGGUCAUGGGCUUAUUCGUUAUUGUAUUGACAACCCUAGUUAUCAUUAAACUUCGACUUAUCGAAAAGAAAUCACACUCGCAACAAAUAGUUGCUAACAAAGACUCAAAAAGAUUUGGACAGGCUAAUCGUACAUCCGCAGGAAUUCUUCUGACCUCUUUGGUCUUUGUUACGAUCCCAAGUGUUUGCGUGGGCUUCGUUGAAAUGAUCGGUUAUUCGUUUUUCAAGACAGUCGGUCCAUUUUAUAUUGUGGGCUUGCUUUGUGCUGGGUUCUGUAACAGCAUCGUGUACGUCGUCCUCAACCGUGAUAUGAGGGAUCUUGUGAAGGAGUUGCAUUUUCCAUAUACCAGCCACAACAACGGGAAUGUCUUUGACUUCCACGAAAAUUUUUUCCACAGUUAA